ACACAUGAUGGGUACAUUAUCACGGAGCAUGGAGGAAUUAAUUCAAAUAAUUCGUUCCAUUUAUAGUUCUAAAGUCCAAGAUUAUACAUGUAUUCUAUAACGUAUAAUAUUGAAUAAAAUUUCUGGAAUACAAUUAGUUUUUCUUUGACUUAGAUAUUCUACAAUAGUUACGGCUAUCAAGGUUAUGGGAUAUAUCAUAUCCGUUUUGAAAUUGCUAAAAAAGAAAAGAAAAAGGCAAAAAAAGAUCAUGGGGAAUUUUAUAGGAGAUAUUAUAAUAUGCAUAUUGCUACUAUUUUCAGUGAGUAUUGUUUUUGGAACUACAGAGAUCAUAAAAUAUCUUACAAACAGUAGCGAAGAGUUACUGCAACUGAAUUCAUAUAACUGGAUUCUUCGAUUGUGUUUCAACCUAUUAGGCUAUGCUACAAUUUUAUUGCCAGGUUAUCUAAUAUACAAAUAUGUACAAUACAGUAAAUAUAUUCAGAGAAGUGACAAAAGCUGUAUUCCAAGAUUAGUUCACUCAUGUUUCUUGGGACAUAGUGAAACAGGUCUUUUAGACACAUCUUCUUACACACCAACGUCUACCAGUCAACGUACGUUUACUCAGGAUUUUAUGCUACUUACGUAUUGCUUCCUUGGAUUGCAAAUUAGUUACUUGACAUGGGGUUAUCUACAAGAGAAAAUAAUGACACAGGUUUAUGAGGAUAGCUCUGGUAAUCAGGAUCGUUUUGAAGAUUCGCAAUUUCUAGUAUUUAUAAAUAGAAUACUUGCAUUUUUUAUGUCUGCAUUAUAUCUUCUUAUCCAAAAACAACCACAACAUAAAGCACCGCUUUAUAAAUAUGUAUUUUGUUCAUUAUCAAACAUUAUGAGCAGUUGGUGUCAAUACGAAGCUCUUAAAUAUGUUAGUUUUCCUACCCAGGUUUUAGCAAAGGCCUCUAAAAUAAUUCCUGUUAUGAUAAUGGGAAAAAUUAUUUCACAUACAACAUACGAAUAUUAUGAAUAUGUUACAGCAAUACUUAUUUCUAUUGGAAUGACAAUGUUUAUGUUAAAUAGUUCUGAUUAUAAAAAUGAUGGAGCUACCACUAUUUCUGGUAUUAUUCUUUUAGGAAGUUACUUACUAUUAGACAGUUUUACAAGUACCUGGCAAAAUGCACUUUUUGUAGAAUAUGGUACAACUAGUAUACAAAUGAUGUGCGCGGUAAAUAUGUUUUCAUGUUUAUUGACUGUCACAUCUCUUAUACAACAAUCAAGUUUUCCUUUCAUAUACUCGUUUAUGAAAAAGUAUCCUAGGUUUAUAAUGGAUUGUUUACUUAUUUCCAUUUGUUCUGCAAGUGGACAAUUAUAUAUUUUUUAUACAAUUUCGAAAUUUGGGCCUAUCACUUUUGUAAUAAUGAUGACUAUACGACAGGGAUUGGCUAUAUUACUGUCGUGUUUAAUAUAUCAUCAUGAAAUUAAAAUGAUUGGUAUAUUAGGUAUACUUCUUGUAUUUGGUUCAGUAUUCCUUCGAAUUCAUUGUAAUAAUGUAACUCGAGCGAUAAAAAGACGCAGAACCGCAGUGAAUUCUGUAAAAAAUUAGAUUAUUUUAGUUAUUAUUAUGUAGAAUCUCAUAUGAUUUAAUCUCUUUUUUCUUGUGUGUGUGCCUGAUUUCUAACAAUACAUUAUUUUAGAUACUUA